UGUGUGAUUGGGCACACACGUGAGGGAUAGCGUACUAGGGAGAGAGAGAGCAAAUGGAGGCUGCAAUAUUUUCCCAUCUUUCUCCUCCUUGCGCUCGGUAGUAACACCGCCAUACCUCUUGAGUAGAUGGUACAUCUAACAUGUAGGUAGAUAUUAACGCUUGGAUUUUUCAUGGGAAUAAGAAAACCAAAGUUUUUGUGUUAAGGAGGGAUUUUUACCACGGUACCCCUCGGCCAUCGAUUUUAACAAAGGAAAAACCUCUCUUUAUUUUGACUGAGGAAAUCUGGGAAAUAAACGUGUUAUUUUAAAUUCUGAGCAGGUAACUCAGUCAGCACAAAUACUACGAUCUAGACACGACAAAAGUGAAACAUCGCUGAGAGAAGCAGAAAAAUCGAAGUCAAGGUUUUUUCAUACAAGGAGUGAUUUGAAUCAAAAGACUAUUCCAAACAGCCAGAAGAAAUUUAAAAGUGUGACAAUUUUAGGAAAUGGAUACAUUGAGAUUUUUAGUUUUGGACUUGGAUUUUGUACCUGGACUGAAAGUACACUGUGCAAAAAAAAUUUAGUGUGGACUAAAUGCGACGGAGAUAAAAAGUAUUAAGGUAGAGCGAUCGGAACUGUAGAGGAACACUUCCGGAAAGAUGCAAAACAACAGUGCGGACGAAACGGACACAGAAAUGGAUGGGGGAGGGGAUAACAGACCUCUGACAAAAAGAAAACUUAAUAUGAAGCGUCGGCUAAGUCCGUACAAAUUCAAAAGCGAGGAACUCGAGAAAUUAUACCAAAAGUACAUCUACAACCUCCAACAAUCCGCUCUUCGGUAUACCUUGGGCGUCUUCAUACUUCUCACAGCAACACUGUCAGCCCUGGAGUUUGCGUAUAUUCAGGAUGUUACUAUUUAUGGCAUCUGUCAUGGAGUGAUGUGUCUUAUUUUCAUCUCAAUGUUCAUUCUAUUGCUAUCUUUUCUUUUCAAUUACGAAUGUAUGCGAGAAGUCCAUUUUAGAGUCGUGGUUCACGUGAUUUUGUUUUUCAUGAUCUGCUUUGCUGUGCUUUCGUUUCCGUUUGAUCUUGACCAUCCUUUGGCGCCCCGCCCCAUGUAUACCCACGCAGACGGCGUGUGGCAGAUUGUCUUUGUAGUGUUCAUUAUUUACUCGCUGGUGCCGCUGAGGACAUUUCUGGCUGUAGUUUGUGGCGUCAUUCUACCAGUGAGUCACGUGAUUGUUUGCAUCGUCACGAAGACCGGAAGUGAUUCCAAUUGGUGGCGGCAGUUAUUGGCCAAUAUAAUUCUCUUCGUCUCUGUAAAUGUGGCGGGAAUUUUCAUCAACAAUGUAAACCAGAGAGCCCAACGAAAGACCUUCGUAGACACUCGGAACUGUAUAGCCGCCAAAAAGGAAAUUCAAGAGGAGAACGAAAAACUGGAACGGCUGUUGUUAAGUGUUUUACCCCGCCAUAUUGCCUCAGAAGUUAAAGAUGACAUCACGAUUUCUGAAGAUGAACAACAGUUCCACAAGAUCUACAUCAAACAUUACGAACCUGUCAGCAUCUUGUUUGCAGACAUCGUGGGUUUUACUAAAAUGUCGUCUCAAUGCACGGCACAGGAACUUGUGCGGAUCCUUAACGAUCUGUUCGGAAGCUUCGAUCGCCUGGCAAAGUACUACGAUUGUCUGAGAAUCAAGAUCCUAGGAGACUGUUAUUACUGUGUGUGUGGAGUUCCCCAGAAAAACGAGGACCACGCUAAAAUUGUCGUCGACAUGGGAUUGGAUAUGAUUGACGUCAUUCGUAUGGUUUGUGACAAGACUGAUGUCAAUUUGAACAUGCGCGUUGGGCUUCACACCGGAAGAGUGCUGAGUGGAGUUCUGGGAUUGAAGAAAUGGCAAUUUGAUGUCUGGAGUGAUGACGUCACACUUGCAAACCAAAUGGAGUCCGCAGGAAUCCCAGGGAGAGUCCACCUGACGAAAGCAACAUUACGUCAUCUUCCUGAAGAGUAUAAAGUGGAGCCCGGAAAUGGCGGGGACCGGAACGCUUAUCUGAAAGAAAGGGGGAUCGAGACGUUCCUGAUUACUGAAAGUCCCCCUAGAAAUACUCCAGGAAUCUGUAUGGGACGCAGUAAUUUGAUCCGCGCCAAGAAGCCGUCUUUCCGGAACACCUCUAGAAUUGUCUUACGGUUAAUGCAGAUUCGACUAAAUGCAGAGAUUCCAUUUUCUGACGUCCUUAAUCCCCAGCCAGAUCCGCCCCGCCAAGAACCCGGAUCUAAACUGUCAAACUUUAAAUAUUCUGUGAGGGAUAAAAUAAGAAAAGCCUUCCAAGGACAGUCGAGUCGAGGCCCGUCUAAACAGCAGACGUCAACAGAGUCAGCUAACUUGUACAUAUCCCAGGCGCUGAAGGCGAGGAACCUGGAGAAAGAAAAACGUGACCAAGUCAACAGCUUUACUCUGAGGUUCAAAAGUUCAUUCCAAGAGAAAAGGUACCAGUCUACAAACGACUUUGCCUUCAGCAGCAGUAUGAUUUGUUCCUUAGUAAUGCUGAUAUGUAUGGCGGGCGUUCAAACGGCCAUUUUACCAAGAACCAUGCUCUUGUUGAUUUUGUUCCUGACAACGUUUUGUUGGAUCGCUCUAGUGUUGAUGUUGAUUCUGAGCGUAAAACUCAAAUGCACUGUUUUUGAUAUUCGGAAGUCCUCGGGGCUCAGGCUGUUUAUAAUGCUGACAACGAUAAUUCUGAUUUAUUCCAUGUCUCAAGUUAACAUUUUCUGUUGCCAAUCUUCGGCACUAUUUGAAGCUUUGACAAUGACGAGUUUAACCGGAAGUGGUGACACACACUUGUCAUGUGAUUACCCACAAUACAUUUUCCUUGCUGGAGUACUGAGUUUUAUUUCUGUUUCCGUGUUUUUGAAGUUGGCGGCGGGAAUUAAGUUGCUGUUAAUGAUCAUCAUGUUUGCAGUGUACACUGUUGUUAUGAAAGUCACUCAUCACAAAAUAUUUCACUCCUUUGAUGAUAUGCACGAACGACAUGUGCCGACUUGGGUGACCGGAUUGGUUGUCCUUAUUGUCUUCAUGUUGACCUUGUAUCUUCAAGGUCGACAGCAAGAAUGGACGUCAAGAAUUGACUUUCUCUGGAAGUUACAGGCUACAGAAGAGAAAAUUGGGAUGACGGAAGUUCAAAACAACAACAAGCGGAUAUUGUGUAAUUUACUUCCGGCCCACGUGGCCGCUCAUUUCCUUGACACUUCCAGCAAGAAAACGGAACUUUAUAGUCAGUAUUAUCCAAAAGUGGGCGUUUUCUUUGCAUCCAUUCCAAACUUCUCGGACUUCUACAUAGAGCUAGACGCAAACAACCAAGGCAUGGAAUGCUUGCGUGUUCUGAAUGAAAUUCUCGUUGAUUUUGAUGAGCUUUUAAACGAACCUAGAUUUCGCGCCAUAGACAAAAUUAAAACCAUUGGUAGCACCUACAUGGCCGCCGUAGGACUAAUUCCCGAUUAUAGGUUACAGGAAACCCAGAGUUCUAUAUCCAGCUAUAUGGAGCUACUGAUUGAAUUCGUCCUAGCCAUGAAGGAUAAACUACAAGUCAUUAACGAAAACUCUUACAACGAUUUCCAGCUCAAAGUUGGGGUGAAUAUUGGACCUGUUGUAGCCGGUGUUAUUGGAGCCAAGAAGCCUCAGUAUGACAUCUGGGGGAACACUGUGAAUGUAGCAAGUAGAAUGGAAAGCACUGGAAAGCCCAAUGCCAUUCAGGUAACAGAAGAUGUUUACAACGUGUUGCAUGAAAAGUAUGAAUUCCAAUGUCGAGGGGUGAUAAAGGUCAAGGGUAAAGGUGACAUGGUGACGUAUUUAUUAUUGGGCAGGCGCCGACCAGGCAGCAUCAUACAAACAGCGUCAUCACCGCGUCUGUCAGCCGCCAAUGUCCCGAGCUCCCCGCCCCUAAGUCAGCACCCCAGCUCUCCGAGCUUGCUCACCCCUGGAUCAAGAGUUUCGGGGGUGGAGACUUCACCCAGCCUCAACAGUAUGAAUAACAUGACAAACAGUCAUUUAUCAGGACAAUCUGGAAGUGGGGCAUUAGUUGUAAGAAAUCCAAGUGCUGCAAGUCUUUCUUCACAUGAAAGUAUAUCUAGAAACGAAUCUUUCCGUUCACAGAAUCGUUUACCUUUGAACUUUGACCCAGCAAAAGGAAUGCCAACUCCCCCGGGAAGUCUGAACCGAAAAAGACGUAAUAGUACCGAAAGUCCAAAAUAUCCAUCGAGAAAACCGACAUCUAAUGCUUUAUCACAUUGCAUUUCCGGUCAUAUAUCUGAAACAGAAUCGGAAGUGACGUAUGCUCGAAUGGAUUCACCAGAACUUCCGGCUGUUCACUUCAUGAAUAUGAAGACGCAGAAUGUUCAUCCUUUACAAAACUCCAUGUUUGAGAAUCUAAAAACAAGUCCUAAUACAUCAGAACACAUUAAUGAACAACCCUUUUUACCGAGCCUUAAUUCUUACCCGGGAAGCAAUGUUUCACGAAUACCAGCGAACGGUUUGUACGCAACGCCCAUAUUCGAAGACGAGGCAAUUAAUGUUAAUACGCCAUUGCUACAGCAAUCACCUUCGUCACAUAAUCGUAAUGGAGGCCAUUAUAAACAAAUUCAACGAAACGUCAGUGAUAGCAAUCUUAUGGCCCACCAAUCCCCUCCGCAAAUUCCACAGAGUAUAAGUGCACCAGCUGGUUCCAAAAGAUAUAGCACUGGUGGUUCCCGAGGUUCUAUGGAUACGAAUGAUAGAAAUAACCAUAAAGAAAAAUACACCGCACCUUAUUACGCUUCGGUGCAACCAAUCAGAAAGCCUAGUCAAAUUCCGGUGAGUCCGCCUAAAGGUCCACUUGUCACGAAGCCGUGUCAGGUAGUUAGUCCCACCGUGCCUAUGAUCAGACCCACUCCUUUUGUCAUGGCGGGGGCGGUACCAGAGUUACGUCACGCCGUCAAAGCGGCGCCGGGUCUACAAGCACGGAAAGUUCAAAAUGCGCCACCUAUCAUGCCGUUCGGAAAUCCUUCGUUUUUCAACCAAGGCGAGUACGACCGACCAGAUCCCAGUGAUAUUCCCGAGGAAAGCCGAAUGAUGAUUACAAACAUGUUGAAAGAGCUGAACCAGGUCGUAAGUCCUUCACAUCCAAAUCGGAGAAGGAUGAACAAGAUGGAAGACGACGAAAAAGUGCAUAACAGAAAUUCAUCAGACGAUAUUUUCGUCACAGCUACUUAUCGUGAACCACUUAGUCCUCAUCAAGCUUUUCAUGCUCCACAACAGGUUCCUCAGCAAGGCUUACCCGUUAGUCCUAUCAGAAAACCUCCAUCUCCUCUUCAUGGGCACCAGAAAGGCUUAGUUUCUCCUCCAAGACAAAGUCCAAAAUCUUCCCCUGUUAAAAGAAGUAUCUUUGAAAGAACCGAAGAGGAAAAUUCGAGGUGCUCGAUUUCACCUCCUCCGCCCCCUAUACCCCCAAAACCUAAUCUGGAAGGAGGACGAAGAGUGUCAAGGGGGUCCCGAGCCAGUAGCACAUCUUCCCAGUCCACUCUAACGCCUUCACCUGCUUUAGUGGCAAACAUCGAUGGAAGAACUAUGUCUAUUAUGUCCAGUCCUGAGGACGAAGCGUUUCAGCAAUCUAAUGCUCAACCCCCGCCGCUACCUGUCAGAAGAAUGCAAACAGAUAAAGAGUUACAACGAACUGCAGAAGUUAGACCUAAUGCAGUUGUACAGCGCAGCAAUUCAAGUCCCAGAGUUAAGCCGAGAUCUUCGCAAAUGCAUCACAGGAGAGAAAUACUUACGCCGGUAAUGCAUUCCGAUGAUGAUAGGGAAUCCACUAGUUCUAAACCCUUCAGCGAGCAUUCUUCUGUGGUGCUUUUACAACCAAUUGAAUUAAAACUUGCAAGGCCUGCAUACGUAAAGCAACUUUCUUGUCCUGCAGACGACUGCUACACACAAUAUACUCGUGCCUUUCUCGCAAACACUGACUAUAUGAUAUCGAAUCUCGAUCGCAAUUUCUCUAGGUCAAGCGACACGAUUUAUUCAAGUUUUUCACACGGUCCACCAACGCCAAAAUUUCCUGUUCUGAGUUCCGCAGCGUCAUCGUCUUUGACCCAGUUACUGCAGGAACUGGCUGGGGAGCAAUCCAGCAAAAAUCAAGAUAUUUUCUUCAAGCAAGAACAUUCUCAACCUUCGAAAUCAGAGGACACGGAAGGUCAGAAGAAGAAUUCUCAUGCAUUUGGAAAACCGCCCUCAAGUGGACAAGCUGGACAUAGUUCUAAAAGAAAGCCAACACGACUACCAGUUCCUGUAAAAGCAAAACAAAAUUCCCCUGUAAAAGAAUCAUCAGCGAAACCAAAUCUGGUUCAAAACUCAUUUCAAGUCAAACGACGCGGCAACUUUACAAUGCCUGUAAGGCCCUGCAAAAGCCUUGACUAUAUUCCAAGCGAUAGAGAGGAUAAUGCGUCAUCAGCCGCGUCAUCAAAUUGUGGAAGUCCUAAAAUGACGCGGGAUUACAUUGAUCCGUUUUAUCAAGCUAGAAUUGAGGAGUAUCUGGCUGGAAGAAACCUUCUUGGACUUGAAAGUUUGAGUUUGUCGUCCAUAGCUAGCAGUAGUGAAAUGUCAAAGAGCGAUCCUGCCCUGAAUAUGGACUCGGGAUCGGCGGCGUAUGAAUCCGAAUACGACAAUUAUCGCCCAGGCAUGACAAGUGAUGAGGACUAUUUUAUAUCUGACCCCUUCAGCGACCUUGAAAUGUUAGAUGAGCUUGAUAUUGAUCACGUGACCGUUAGUGAUCAGUUUAGUAUUGAUUUACCCGUACCAGGGUUACAAAAGAAAACAACAACGGAAGUGUAAUGAUUGUUUUUAUAGAACGAUUAAAACUAGAAACAUUUCCAACGACAGUAUUCCAAGAAAAGAAAGGAAUAUGAUGAUGUAUAAUUUAUUGACGUCAUCUUUGUGAAUAAUUGUGAAAUUGCGAGAGAGAGAGAGAGAGAGAGAGAGAGAGAAUUGAGUAUUGCAGUGUCUUUUGUGUUUUAUAAGAAUACUCAUUAUUAUGGUAUCUGUCAUGUAAAAAUGAAUGUUAUUUAAAUUUAUGAACUUGGUGCUUUUUGUCCAGAGAUAUUACUUGAUUAAUGUAAAAAAAAAUGACGCAUUUUUUGUGCUUAUUUUUUCCCACAGUAGUGUUCAUUGUAAGAAACCCUUUAUUGAAGUGACAAGUUGCAGUUCAAGCCUUGUGAAUUAAAUGUGAGAUUAUAAAUAAAUGACGUUUGUCUUCUA